CUUAUUUUACCGUGUGUCGGGUUGGUGGAAUCUUGGUGUAACCGAGCUGCCCUGCGGGUAUCCUUGGAGUAUCCCAGCCAUUUCUUUGGAGUCUGCACUGACGAGUUUUGUCUUCCGAUCUCGCCCAAUUCUCUCGAGCGUAUCGACGUUAUCCACCUGGUUUUUACACGAAAUUCCUUUUUGGUUUCAGUUUCAAGCGCGGAUAACUCCGUGGUCAGUAACCACAAAACUGCUAUAAAACCCACAUCCAUCCCAACUCAAAAGACACAACGUACUCCAUCGUCACCGGUUACUGAACCGGCAAUGGCAAGCCGAGCUCUCACUCCCUUCCAGCUCGCUGCCAUCCUCCUCGUGGGUCUCCUCGCAACCUGCCAUGCCGGCGACAUAGCCGUGUACUGGGGCCAGAACGACGGCGAGGUAUCGCUGGCUGAGACGUGUGCGUCAGGGAACUACAAGUUCGUCGUCAUUGCUUUCCUCCCCAAGUUCGGCAAGGGCCAGAAGCCGGAGCUGAACCUCGCCGGCCACUGCGACCCAUCAUCCGGCGGCUGCAAAAGCCAGAGCAAGGACAUCCGCUCGUGCCAGCGCCGCGGCGUCAAGGUCCUCCUCUCCAUCGGCGGCGCAGACGGCAGCUACGGCCUCUCCUCCCGCCGCGACGCACGGCAGGUCGCCGUGUACCUCUGGAACAACUACCUCGGCGGCACGAGGUCGUCGUCGUCUCGUCCCCUCGGCGACGCCGUGCUCGACGGCAUCGACUUCGACAUCGAGAAAGGCGGCGCCAAAUUCUGGGGCAACCUCGCCAGGGACCUCAAGAACCUGGGCCACAAGAAGGUGCUGCUGAGCGCGGCGCCGCAGUGCCCUUUCCCCGACGAGUGGGACGACGGCGCAAUCAAGACGGGGCUGUUCGACUUCGUGUGGGUGCAGUUCUACAACAACCCGGAGUGCCAGAUCAACGCCGGCCGUGGAGCUUUCAUGGCCGCGUGGAAGAGGUGGGAGUCGGUGCCGGCAGGUAAGCUCUUCCUGGGGCUGCCGGCUUCCAAGAAGGCGGCCGGCACCGGGUUCGUGCCCGCCGGCGUGCUCAAGUCCAAGGUACUGCCGCUCAUCAAGGGCUCGCCCAAGUAUGGCGGCGUCAUGCUGUGGGCUAAGUUCUACGAUGAUCACACCGGAUACAGCUCCGCCAUCAAGGACCACGUGUGAUCCUCCCUUGUGUUUUUCCCGCUUGAUUGGUACUGUCACACAUGUGUCCCGCUCCUCUAUGAUAGUAUCACCUGUUCAUUGUUUGAGAUAACACCAUAUUGGUAGCUAUAUGUCCCAAUAUGUAAGGAUCACGGUGUAGUUUCUUUGAAGCCAUGUACCAAACAACACAUCAAGUUUGGAACUUACGUGCUACAUUAUGCACUACACCGUUGAUAUUUCUACUAAAUAAAAGUGCAA